AUGGCCGUGAAUUCCAGCUCUGCUUCCAAUGCCCUUAUUCAGCAACUUUUAAAGGCCGAAGAGGAAGCCGAGUCUAUAGUUCGUAGAGCAAAAGAAAAUCGGGUGAAACUUUUGAACGAGGCAGUGGCAGCUGCACAAAAAGAUUUACAUGAAUUCAGACAAACAGAAGAAAAAGAACUCAUGGAACAAUAUAACAAUGAAUCUGUUUUGGAAGACCCACGAUCCGCCCUUUUGGAACUCAAAUCCAAAACCUUUGCUGACGAAUGUAAUAUAAAAUUAAAGGAACUCAAACCAAAGCUUGUUGAUAAUCUUUUUGGAGUUGAGGAUUAA